AUGGUGUUCAAAGUCAUAGUUUUGGUAGCAGCUGUCGCGGCGGCUAACGCUGUGCCAAUAUGGAUCACCGGUAGUGAAUAUUACCCCGCCACUGUUAUGCGUAUCGGACGUUCUCCAAACGUGGCGUUUGGGUUUGGCAGCGGCUUUAGCAGCAACAUUGGUGGUAUCGCCCACUCAUCCGGUAUCGGAUCCUCGUUCUCUACAGGCGAUGGUCAAGCCUACGGGGCUGGUAUUAGCGGUUCAGGUGAUAACACUUAUGCCCGCGGAGUAGGCAUUGCUAAUGCUGCUCCAUCACCUUACAUCCGCACUUACAAUCCUUAUAACUUCGGUGGCUCAUACGGAUCUGCAGUAUCUUCAGCCCAGAAUUAUGGAGGAAACUAUGGUGCAUCUGUCUCCGCCGCUCAAUCACAAAACGGGCCACAGUACGGGUCAGCUGUAUCCGCCGCUCAAAAUGCUGGUCCAGCCCGCUAUCAAUCAGCCAUAUCAUCCGCACAGAACAUUCAAAAUCUCGGCUAUGAUUCUUCAAUUGCCGCUGCCAACAGCAAUAACGGAUAUGGCCAAGCUAUAUCCGCUGCUCAGAAUGCGAACAACUAUGGCUCUGCUCUUUCCUCUGCUCAGUCCCGUAAUGGUUUGAACAAUUACGGCGCUGCAGUGUCCGCAGCACAGAAUAUUGGAGGAUACAGAGCAAGCACAGCCCAAUCCAUUCAGCAAAACGGUGGUGCUCUUCAACAAAGCGGUGCCUCCAGUGUUAAUGCACCUGGAAUCCAGGCAGCACAAUCGCAUGCCGUCAACACCGCUAAUGGGGUCGCUGUAUCCAGCGGCGGUGUACCGCUGAAACAGCCCAUUGGACCGACAAUCAAUGGUAUUUAUCAGCCAGUCAACCGUCCCGUCAACCAACCCAUAAACAGACCAAUUACACCUAUCGUCACACCUAUCAGACCAGCUAUCAAUUCCAUAUUUCGUACGCCAAGCAUUGCUUUUGGGUUCGGAAGCGGUUUCAGCAGCGACAUCGCCGGAAUCAAACACUCCACCAGUAUCGGCUCUUCAUUCUCGACUGGCGAUGCUCAAGCUUACGGCUCCGGAAUCGGGAGUACUGGGAACACAUACGCUUCAGGAAUAGGUGUAGCUAAUGCAGCCCCUUCCACUUCAUACCUCCCAGCUUUUACAUCAUCCCAACAACGCUACGAUAGUUAUGGGAACCCUGUACCUGAUUAUGAUAAUAACUACAUAACAAAUGACCAAGAGCAAAACACUUUAAACUACUAUCCCUCUCAAUCAAACGAGUGGCCACAGAGCUACGAAAAUUACGGACAAAACAAUGGUCAACUCCAAUCUGCAGUGUCUUCUACUCAAAAUGCUGGCAACUUCCAAUCGUCUACAUCACUGGCUCAAAACCAGCAGGGCCCAGGUUAUCAAUUGGCGAUAUCAUCAAGUCAGAACGGAGAUAAUUAUAGAUCAGCAAUCUCGAACGCUCAGUCUGGCGAUGGUUACUCCAAUUUUGGGUCUGCGAUCUCAGCAACUCAGAACAUUGGCAAUCUUAAUGCGAGCACAGCUCAGGCUAUCCAGCGGAGUGGUGGUGGUCUCCAGCAGAGCGGUGCGACAAUCAUCAGUGGACCUGGAAUACAAGCGGCCCAAUCUCAUGUCAAAUCAAAUCAAAUCAAAGAAGGAACCAAAGAACGUCGACGUAAGAGGGAGAGGAUUUUAAUCAACUUCUCAAUACUUUACAAGACAAUAAUGGCAAUCAAAUUUGUGAUCCUAUUCACAACCUUUGCUCUCACGCAGGCUGUACCUAUACAGAUUUUCGCUGAUGGUGUCGCUGUAGCUAACGGUGGUCUGCCUCAAAGACCAAUUAUCACUCCUCCCAUUCCACAAUCACCAAACGUAGCCUUUGGCUUCGGCAGCGGAUUCAGCAGUGAUAUCGCUGGCGUUCGACAUUCCUCUGGCAUCAGCUCCUCAUUUUCAACUGGCGACUCUCAAGCAUACGGCUCCGGCGUUGGAAGUACUGGCAAUACAUACGCUAGAGGAACAAGCCAGACAAACGGAGGACCAUCCGCUUACUACCUAAGACCUUCCGCAAGGCAAUACAAUCCACAAUACUCGUCCGCCGCUUCCGCUGCUCAAGUUCAACAGAAUAACGGUUGGCUACAAAGCUAUACACCAGUCAAUCAGUAUCAAUCAGCUGUCUCAUCUGCACAAAACAGCAAUCACCACCAGUCGGCAGUUUCUGCAGCACAAAACCAACAGGGACUCGGGUAUCAGUCUGCGAUAUCCGCUGCCAACAACGGAAGGGAUUAUGGUUCCGCUGUCUCGAACGCUCAAUCGCAUAAUGGGUACUCAAACUUCGGCUCAGCUACCUCUGCGGCUCAGAACAUCGGUGGACUAAAGGCUAGCACUGCACAGGCUGUUCAGCAUCAUGGUACAGGGGUACAACACAGCGGCGCCACCAGCGUCAACGCACCCGGCAUACAAUCAGCACAAUCUCACGCCAUCAACGCUGGAUAUUACUAGAGAAUAAAGUAAAACGAAGUGCAAGUAAAA